GGACGCCUUUGUGUCUGUUUUCCUCGUACUCAUACUAUAAAUACUGCUUUCCCCGCGAUCGGCCUCGUUUGACAUGAGGAUGUUUAUUCGGUUCGGUGAAAAAUGUAAGUGGAGAGUGUGCCGCGCAUAGAUUGCGAGUGUUGCACUCGGUGCUCGGCGGAAAAGAGCGUCGAAUCAAGUAGGCCACAGCCACGGAUGACAAUUGAGUGGAUAUCUUCCCAGGCUAAAGUUUAACGAGAAACCUCAGCCGGGACGGUCGCUGCACAGCUGACGUGUGGAUUUCGAUUACACCAUCUCGAUUAGCACGUCCAUCGUCGCCGAGGUACCGUUGCCUCAAGCCGAAACCGUCCCCGUAUCGUGCAUUCCGCGGCAUAAAUAUUCCUCGCUACUGGCUGUCCGAGGUUUUCAGUACCAUUCUGAGGUCUACGUUGGUCAGCGUCGAUCCAUGACAGGAAUUUUCCAUUUCUGAUAUCACUUGGCUAACGGGUGACCAGAGAAGAGUCAUAAUGAAAUAAUCCACUGAGAUUUAGAAUAUCCAGCACUGAUUUCUGCUGAAAUUGUAUAAGCAGUGCAUUCCAUGGCAUAUAUGUCCGUCGCUAAUAGCGAUCUAAGGUUGCAGCACGGAUUUAAGAAUUUGCAAUAACUAGUGUUAACCUACUGCAAGAAUUUUAUAUUUAUGAUGUUGCCAGGCUGACGAUCGAUAAGAGAAGGUUAACCAACCUAGAAUAAAAAUGGAUCGUCUAUUACAAGACCCACGUGCUUCAUCAAAAUUUGGCUGAAAUACAUCCUUGCAUCAUGGGAACUUAAAAGACAAUUUCUUAAGUUCCCAAAAUUUCAUUAGUGCUAGUGCGGUUUGAACGAAGACAGACAGUUCCGAUUGUUGACAUAGUGCUACAAUUGCAGCCUGCCAUUGAGGAAUAAUGCAAACAAAGGCAGACUUUGGUGAUGGUUGUUCUGACAGCUAGUGAUGACAACAUAUUUGAUAACGAUUUAUUGAUCGAAGCGUAACAUCUUAAACGACUCACAUGGAACGUGGAGCUGCUGCUGGUGCAUUCUAUGAUCUUACGGCUAUACUUUGAAACUGGAAUUGAUUUUGAGACUAUUUUUUGUCUACGCUGUAAUGCCAGAACAAAUCAAGUCCAAAAUGAAUGGAGUUAUACCGAGUGUACCGAUAACCACCCUUGCGGGUAUAGCGAGUCUCACCGACUUAUUGUCGGAAAUGCCCCUACCGACUCCACUACCGCAAACUUUGACAAACAAGUCCCUUCUGUUUCAUCCCCGAGUUGCGGAAGAAGCACAAAUAUUGCUAAGUGUUCGGGAUGAAAACUUAGUGCCUCAGUUAAUUGUGUCCUUAUCUCAAACCUCUUCGGAUCAUAUCGAGCUGAAGGAUCACUACGCCAACACGGAGCAACCUUUGGAAACGCAACAAAAUACGCCAGAACUUCUGAAGGCGAUUUUGCAAGCGAAUCCCCACGUAUUCAAAGGUCCUCAAUAUAACUCUCCGAGGAACUGGUCCCAAGGUACACCAACGAUUCAUUCGAACCAGUCACCUGCGAACUAUGGACGUUUUUCGCCAUCGUACUCCAGUUCCUCCGGAUCUAGACAAACGCCGCAGGGCAGUCCAGCUCAUCCUGCAGCAGCCAGGACAGUGUUACCACCUCCUGCAACGAUGCCCCACGCGCAACAUCCGCGAAUGCCCGUUACUCCGCAAAAUCACGCGGAGAUGUCGCAAAUGUCUCCUUUCGCCGUGCCUUCUCCAUCGCCUCGUGCAACAGUUAUUACCGACCAAACGAGGACGUCAACGACGCCGCAACAUCUCCAAGAAGACGUCAACAGUGUGAACCCUCUGCCUAACAAUACGUCUCAACCGAGCAUGUAUUCACCGGUGCACAUGAGUUCUCCCAGCAACCCUCUAACUUCUCUUGGGAACGUGCUGCCCCAGCACCAUAACGUCACGAGUAUCACCCCUCAGCACAAUAUCCACAUGACGCCCAUGCAUGCCGGCAUGUCGGCACAGCAACAGCAGACCAUGAACCUGCAACAAAACGUCUACGAUCCCAUGAUGAAUCAGCAGUUGCAUCAAUUGUUGGAAACCACUCAACCGAUGGACAUUAACGUUUCCAUGCAGGAGAAUCAACAGUUUAUUCUGGAUCCAGUAACUGGUCUUCCCGACAUCGACUUGCCCAUCGAAAACAUGGAGUCGAAGCAAAACGAGAGUCAACAGCCCGAAAGUUUAAUGCCAACUCCUCAAGCGCCUGUUUUUCCGAACAUUAAUUCAACCAGUUCUUUACCCCUUCCAGACUCGACGCAACCGAUAGAACAGCAGCAACAGCAGCAGCAACCGCAACAGCAGCAGCAACCUUUGAUACCGCAGCAGCAACCGCAGCAGCAAAACAAUAACACGCAGAAAAAUACUAAAACUAUACCUGAUCAAUUAGUAGAUAAGAUGAAAGAGCCCGUUGUUAUGUUGAAUAGGUUAUCCUUAUCGGACCAGGCUCUCAUGCAAAAGAGUAUAAGUGCAUUCUCCGAACAGGCUCCCGGUCGUGCGGCAAAGAUGGGUCUUUCCAAUUUGGAGGAGUCCGUCAAAUCCGAAUCCGACAGUGAAGAGGAAAUAGGCCAGAAUAAUAAAUACUUCAAGGCGCGCGCGAAAGAGCGCCAGGUGCAAAGGGAAAAGGAGAAGGCUGAGAAGAAGAAGACGGACGACAGGACGCGGAGACGAAGGAGGUUAGUGGACGACCCGGACGACGACGUCGACGAGAAGAAGGAAGAGAUGUUUCAACCCUCGAAGCCGAAAAUAAGGAAAGUCGAGAAGAAACUGGUGCCUGUUUUGGCUAAACUGAGCGUGGAGGAGCUGAUGGAGACGAACACGUAUCAAAGAUUCAACACGACCAUAGAUACUAUAUUCGAGAAUACCGAAGACACCACGAUGAUGACCGAGCUCGACGACGACGGUGACGUGCCUGACGAGAUCCUUAUAUCUAAGUACCAGCUGCAGGAAUUGUGCACCGAGGCGGCCAAAUUGAAGGCCCUAGGAGCCAUGGAGUCGAUCCCAUCCGACAGACUGGUCAGGGUCCUGAACAUCUUGGAGAAAAAUAUCCGCGACGGCGCCAGAGUCUCGCCUCUGGUCGACCCUGACGACGACAUCGACGAGAGCAGGAUGUUCACGGAGCUGGCGAUGGAAAGGGUGCAACGGGCCGUGGACGCGUCCUUGAUCUCGCUGCACAUCAUGACGUCGCAAAACAUGCCUAAGACGGUGUAUCUGGAGGACGUAAUCGACCGAAUAACGACGUUCAUGAAGUUCCAGCUGCAGAACACCAUUUACCCUUCCUUCGACCCCGUAUACAAGACGGAUUCUAAGAACAAGACUGACAAUUUUAACGCCAGUGGUCGUAAAAAGCGCGGCCACACGAAGGAGGUCCGGGAAAAGAGCAUUCUGCAAUUGUACAAUAAGAUGCACGAGCUCGUCGGACUCCUUGCCGAGUUGCUUAAUGUCCAGGUCCUGACGGAUACGAGUGUCCUUUACGCCUCGACAUUGGGCGUGUCCCCGUUCUUCGUCGAGUCCGUAAGUGAGCUUCAAUUGAGCGCCUUGAAACUUGUUACCGUGAUAUUCACCAAGUAUGAGAAGCACAGGCGAUUACUGCUGGACGACAUAUUAGCCUCCAUAGCGAGAUUGCCCAGCAGCAAGAGGAGCCUGAGGACGUACAGGCUCAAUUCCGAAGACCACAUUCAAAUGCUGACCGCCUUGGUGUUGCAACUGAUCCAGUGCGUGGUCGUCUUGCCGGACAGUAUCAUACCGAGGGAAAAGAGCAAGUACGACGAGGAGAAGAGAGAGGAGAAGAAGUCCAGCAACGUCGACGCCGAUAUAUUGGUCAUAAAUAAAUACGAAACCGCAACCAGGACAGCGGGGAACUUCCUCACGGUGUUCCUUAGCAAGUGCGGGAGCAAGGGAGAAGAGAUCGACUACAGACCUCUGUUCGAGAACUUCGUCCAGGAUUUGUUGGCCACGGUGAACAAGCCCGAGUGGCCUGCCGCUGAGCUCCUCCUGAGCUUGCUGGGGAACCUGCUGGUCGGACAUUUCUCGAACAAAAGUUCCGACAUGUCGCUGAGAGUAGCUUCCCUCGAUUAUUUAGGAGUGGUCGCAGCCAGGCUGCGGAAGGACGCGGUCAGCUCGCAAUGUAAAUUGUCCACUAUAGAUCAGAUCAUAAAGGAUAUAAAAGCCGAGCAGCAGAAGGAAGCCAACUACGACCCGUUGAAGGACAUGGAGAUCCCGGGACUCGGCGAAGAGGAACAGAGGACGGUGUUCCUGCAGAAGGUCCUUUUGGACUAUCUCGCCGUGAACGGUACAAAGGACUCCGCUUUGGGUUACGCUCGUUACUUCUAUUUGGCCCAAUGGUACCGAGACUGCACGUUGGAGAAGACGCGCGUGAGUCAGGUCAAAAAUAGCCCCAGCAAAAAGGUCCACAAGAAGAGGUCCAAGAAGAAGAACAGGCACCAUAGCGACCAAGAGAGCGAGUCGGAGGUGGAGGAUCAGGAUCCGGACGAGAACGACAACAACGAGCAGAAGAACUCCGAGGCCUACAGAGUUAUCGAGGAGAAGAAGAAGUUCAUCAUCAGCAAGAUCCGACCGUCAAGCUCGACCGGUACCAAGCCUGACAUCCUGCAGACCUUCAUCGACUACAAUUCCGCGGAACUGAUCUCCCAGUACCUCGCCUCGAAGCGGCCCUUUUCCCAGAGCUUCGACAGGUACUUGAAGCAGAUCCUGCACGUCCUGACCGAGUCCUCCAUCGCCAUUCGCACGAAGGCCAUGAAGUGCCUGACGAUGAUCGUCGAGGCAGACUCCAGUGUCCUGGCGCGAGGCGACAUGCAGUUGGGAGUGAAACACUCGUUUCUGGACCACUCUACCUCCGUCCGGGAAGCUGCAGUCGAUCUCGUCGGUAAAUUCGUCCUGAGUAGGCCCGAGCUCAUAGACAAGUACUACGACAUGCUGCUGGCGCGGAUCCUAGACACCGGCGUCAGUGUCCGGAAACGCGUUAUUAAGAUUCUGAAGGACAUUUGCAUGGAGUGUCCCGACUUCCCGAAGAUACCCGAGAUAUGCGUCAAGAUGAUACGAAGGGUCAACGACGAGGAAGGAAUCAGGAAGCUGGUGAUGGAGGUGUUCCAGAACAUGUGGUUCACUCCCGUGAGGGAGAGACCUUCGUUGGACGGCGACGCCUUGCUGAGGAAAGUCAUGAACAUCACCGACGUCGUCGCGGCCAGCAAGGACAUGGGCCUAGAGUGGUUCGAACAGCUGCUGGUAAGUUUGUUUAAGCCAAAGGAGGACAAAGACGACAGUACCAAGAUGCAGACGGAGCCGCCGAAGGCGCUUUUGACGGCCUGCAAGCAGAUCGUCGACUGCCUCAUCGAGAACGUCCUCAGACUCGAGGAGACCAACAACGUCACCGAGAAACCCGAGAAGAGGGGCUCCUCCCAGAGGCUGGUCGCCUGUUUGACCACCCUGUACCUUUUCGCGAAGAUCCGACCCCAGUUGCUGGUGAACCACGCGAUAACGCUGCAGCCUUAUUUGAGCCUGAAGUGUCAGACGCAAGGUGACUACCAGAUCAUCAGCAGCGUGGCGCACACUCUGGAGCUGGUGGUUCCUCUGAUGGAGCACCCUAGCGAGACGUUCUUGGCACAACUUGAAGAGGACUCCGUGAAGCUGAUCCUUCAACACGACAGAUCCGUCGUCGCGAGUUGCCUUUCUUGUCUAGGUUCGAUAGUGAAUAACGUGACCCGGAACUUCAAGUUGAUAAGGGACUGCUUCAAGAAAUAUUACGGCCACCUUACGCACUAUAAGUCUCUUUACGAAGAGAAUCCGAAUAACCCUUUGUUGUUGCAGUGGAGGCCGUUUUUCCGGCGCGCCCUGUUUACCGUUGGACUGUUGUUGAGGUAUUUUAAUUUUACGGAUCCCGAGGUGAUAGACGGCCUGCCGGACAACAUUAAGGAUCAGGUCUUCGAGACUCUAAACUAUUUCGUUCACCUCGACAACGACGACAUCAAGCUCUUCACUUUGUCGGCCAUCGGCUCUCUCUGCAUAAGACAUUACGAGUUUAUGAUGCUUCCAGAGCUGAAGGAGCUGUACCACCAUUUGCUGACCUCCGAAAACGCGCUAGUCAACAUGAGGAUCCAGGUCCUUAACAACAUCGAGGUGUACCUCCAAGAGGAAGAGAAGAGGAUGAUCAAACAGGACCUGGAGUGGGCGAAGUUGUCGAAGCAGGAGAACCUCAAGGAAAUGGGGGACGUAUCCUCGGGGAUGGCAAGUACUGUGAUUCAAUUGUACCUUAAGGAGAUCCUGGAGUCGUUCUUACACGCCAACGUCAGCGUCAGACACGCGGCGUUGAAGGUGAUACAGCUGAUCCUGGCCCAAGGCUUGGUACAUCCUGUACAGAUAGUUCCGUAUUUGAUCUGCAUGAGCACGGAUUGCGAGAAGAUGGUGAGCCACAGCGCGGACAAGCAGCUGCAAGACAUCGAGAAGAAGUAUCCCGGUUUCAUCCACAUGAAGUCGCAGUUCGGCAUCAGGCUGAGCUACCGCCUUCAGAGGAUCCUGCAGAACGACGUCACGGUGAGAGGGAUGAGGAUUAAGGAGGGCGAGUUCCCGGGGGCGCUGAACGGGUUCCUGUACACGAUCCUGAGGAACACGAAACAGCAGAGAAGAGCCAUCGUGCAGUCCUUCCUGAAGCAGUUCGACGAGGCCGCGAAAACGAGCCUGUCGCAGAUGCUGUACCUGGCGGACAACCUAGCCUACUUCACAUAUCAAGUGCAAGACGAGCCUCUGUUCAUCAUCCAUCACAUAGAUAUCAUCAUCUCGAUGUCAGGGACUAAUCUGUUACAGUCGUUCAAGGAAGCCCUUCUGCCGAAGGAAGGCGGGCCGAAUCCUCCGCAGCCUCAGCUGGCCAUGGUCUAUGGGCCGGACGGUCAGCCUACCCCGGCGCAACUCUUCGCCACCCUGGAGGACGAGGAGGACGACGAGGAGGACGAAGAGGUCAUCAUGUCGAGGCUCCCGGAGGACACGACGCUGCUGCGAGAAUACAUAACCGCUAGUCAAGGUUUCCUUCUGCUGCUCACCCUGAGGCAGCAUCUCAAGGACCUCUACGGAUUCUCCGACGCGAAGAUCAGCCAGUACUCCCCCUCGGAGUCCGCCAAGGUCUACGAGAAGGCGGUGAGUCGCAAGAGUAACUUGCACUUCAGGCCGAAGGCCACCUUGCAGAAACUCAAGGAAGGCGGCAGCAACGAGGAGCUCAACGAGGGCGGACGCAAGAAGCUGGUCAAAGAGUACCUGGACUUCAAGCAGCUGAUGCUGAAGUUCGACCCCGAGGACCCCGACGACGAGGUAGCCCCCGGCGACGGCGACGCCGCCAAGCGCACGGCCGUUGCAGCGGACGGAGCCGCCGCCAGGCUCGCCAACCCCGAACCCGACAAGGUUGCCGCCGAUGGCUCGGUCACCCAUUCCGAUGUCAUCCAGCAGCACCAGCCCAACCUCAACUCCACCGAGCAUCCCAACAACUCGGUCAACUCGAUAUCCACCUCCCCGCGGGUACCUAAGCUCACGAUACACGCGCACACGGACUUCAAGGAGCACCGCAAGCACCGGUCUCACAAAGCGGAGAAGGCGAAGAAACACAAAAAGAAGAAGAGGAGAAGAAUCUCCGACACCAGCGACAGCGGCGACGAUCACAGUGACCCCGACUUCUUAGUGUGAGUGCAGUGUACAUAUAGGGCUCUCGUCGGGCCGAGAGUUUAGCCGUGAGAUACGAUUCCUCGUAAGAGGAAUCGCGACCUAUCGGUGCCGAGCGCGCCAAGCGGGUGCACCGUGGACAGGGAUACCGAAUGCGAGGUCCACCGGGAGCGACCCGAAGAUCCAAUCGGCGAUGGACGUCUGGGAUUCGUCGCCGGUCGCGUGGCAAGGACCUCGUCCGCUGCUUCACGACCGAGGAGGCGCCAGGGACGGGGACUCUAUGCGAUUCCGGCUCGGCGUCCUCGCCUCGAGCUCGUCCGGGCUCCUUUCGUAUGUUUUCUAAGACCCGCGAACCACCGAUAAGGAAUCGCACCCUCGGAGUCCUCUUAGAAGUCUCGCGCGUAACUUUCCCCCAGUUACGGGCAACUUAUGCGCGAGGUCCACCAGCAGGGGCCUUCUCGUCCGCACCUCCUCGGUCGGGCUGCCCGAAAGUCAGCCCCGAAGCCGCGGCUCGCUAACGAACCAUCCGGAGAAUCAACUGUACAUAGUACUAGGUGAUGCGGCUGCGUGCGCUGCCCGUAUGUUGAUUUUUCUCUUUCUAAAGAGGACCAGCGUUCGAUAGAGUAAGGGGAUUCCGAUGAGAGAGAUGGCUCCUGUAGGAGGUAGAAGGGAAGGAUCACACUUAUCGCGACUGCGAGUCGAGGUCGGCCUGCAGCGGGCGGAGUCGCAGGAGAACGACGCGGGGGACCCCCGGAUGGGAAACGAGGGUUUAAUGGCGGACCCGGGGGAAAAAGUUGUCAACUCCUAAACGUGUAUCAUAGAGGCGUGCGGCCCUUCGCACCUGAACCUAUACAUUAUGAAGGUAAUGAGAGGAAACGUUGUUUGUAAUAUGUGUACAUAAAGACUCCAAGUAAAGUAUCUUAUUUUCUUACAAACUAUACAGCGGUAAACGUUAGAAACGAGGAAUACUUAAAAUUUUGUUAUUCACUAUUAAUCUCUAUUUAUUCAGGAAUCCACGCGGCUUGCUUCGGGCACUCGGCCCUUGGAGUGCUCGCGUUAGAGAUCGUCUCGUUUCAUUUUACGCCAAGAACAAGGAGCGACGAGCCGACCUGGCGGUACCUUCUCGAAGCGGUUUAGAGGCAGCCAGGCAUUAAGACGAGUCAAACGGACGCUUUUUGCCGAGACAAAAUAAGAAAGAGGAAGGAAAAACAAUUUUAACCGUUCCGCCUUGAGGUGUACCGACUGCGGUUACGUCGACUCGUUAAAACUCGAUCUGUUGUCCCGAGCUGCUGCUUUCGCGGACGUGUCUUGUACAAGCGGAAAAUCAUUUUAUCGGAUCAGCAAAGGGACCUUCCCUCGACGAACCUCGAAUUAGUCUUCGUCGGGCGAGUAUUCGCUUUCGCUCGUCUUUCUUUUUAUAUAUAUAUAUAUUUUUUUUCCUUUUAGACUAAUUUAUACGAAGGCUUCAAUCAACGAAAUUACGCGAUCGUUUGCGCAUACCGUCGAUGUGGAUUUUGUUGAUCCUGUAAAAUAUAUUCUCGGUAUGAGAGCAUGUCGAUGACGGUUUCAAGGGGUGUGAUUCGAGACUGUGCCGAUGGGGCGCCGUGACUGACGAAUCGCUUGCUUUCUAGUUACUUUACCACUUAGCCCUUUAAACUGUAUGUCGAAUGCGUAGAAAAGAAAAGGAAAAAAAAAACAAAAAGAAGAAGAAUGUUAGCUCGGUUUCAUUCCAUGGUUUAGAACGUGGGGCGACCUUAUGUGCAGUUUCAGGUCCGAGGCUCGAAACGUGGGGGACGUAUUUUCUCGGUGAUUGGAUCGCUACUAAUUAACUAACGCCUAGGGGAGUAAGAUUACGCGGAGGAGACCUCGCGCGGUUUUAGGGUUACUUUCGUACCAGGAGUUUAAAUUAUUUAUAGUUCAAAGCCCGUGAAGCUGCACGUACUAUUACCUCGACAUUAUUAUCGUUUUUGCGCAACGCUAGGAUUUUUAGGAAAGAACGAAAGGAAAAAAAAGUAAGACACGUAGAGAAUCGUAUUUACUGGAGAUUCGGUCAUUUCUCUCUGGGCACGUUCGAGCUCCCACGUGGUGACACGUGGUUGCUUUUCCUUUUUUUUCUUUUUUUUGGUUUAUUAACGAAACGUCAAACUCACGAUCUCAUUACUGGCAAGCUUACUACUCGUGCAAUGCUACCACUUAAGGAAAUCUUUGCUGAUGGAAGUAUCAUGAUUUUUUUAUUUUUUUUUUAUUUUUUUGGUUUUUCGUUUUAGAACGACUUAAGCUUAGGCUCGAUUCUCGGAUAAGGUAUUAAAAGGGCGGAAUGAAGGAAACGCCGGAAUCACCUCGCCUUGAGCCGCCAUUCGCCGAUGCUUCGCGAUUAGCGUUAACAAACGUCCAGAUAAACGGUAAAACUAGAGCACGGAAUCGAAGACACUCCGUAUCGCGGUGGAGAGACGAGUCGAUAUCCUUCGGACGAUCCUCGGCCGUCGAUCCCCGCGAUCUGACCACGGUUUGAUCGUCACGUCACACGCGACCUAGGGAAAUAUCUUGUGUUAUAAUCGUAAGACAACAAUAAUGGGUAGGACGCAAUGGGGAACUAUACUGUACAAAUUUUCACGUGUACAUAUUUAUUAUACCGAGGAAGAUUAACGAGAUAACGAGGGAGGAAAGGGGGAGGCGAGCGAGGGUGGAGGUACCGCAAUGGCGAGUCGGGGGCGAGCGAGCGGGGCGCGUUUCAUUUAAACAUUUUACUGUUCACUGUAAUAAACUUAUAGGAAGGUACGUUAAAUUCUAAAUAAUUAUAUUUCUACGUAUAAUUUAAGACGAUAAGGAACACACUCUACUCGUAAGUAUUUCCAUAAGAGGUCGUCGCGCAGCACUGCGUAAGGGACGGAUUUAGCGCGAGUACACAGAUACACUCUCACACACACACAUACACAUACACUCUCUUCUACCCAGUGCUACGGGGACGCGCGCCUGUAUCAUAACACAUUACUGUAUCACCUAUGUUUUUGUAUUUGGUAAUCUAAUUAAAGAAUAUCAAUUAAUAAACAGAAGGUUAAUAGAAAGUAUAUUAUAUAUUUGAGUAAAGCCGGCAAGUGUUAAUGUUAUCCAUAACGCGAAAUUAAAUUUGUGUGUAGUGGUACCUAAAGAAAGAACGUUUUAAAGCUAAAAUGGAUGCGGUUGUUCUGGAUAAGACUUAACGCUCGUUUACUCAUAACUUAUUAUGUACAUCGUCUGAAAGAAACACGGUACGUUCGUAAAGAAAAUAAAUAUAAGUAUAUAUCAA